AUGCCAUCCACACCAUCCAUACCAUCCACACUGUCCACAGCCUUCCAUGCCAUCCACACCAUCCAUACCAUCCACACUGUCCACAGCCUUCCACACCAUCCAUACCAUCCACACUGUCCACAGCCUUCCACACCAUCCAUACCAUCCAUACCAUCCACACAGUCCACAGCCUUCCAUGCCAUCCAUACCAUCCACACCGUCCUCAGCCUUCUACACCAUCCAUACCAUCCACACAAUCCACACUGUCCAGAGCCUUCCAAACAAUCCAUACCAUCCAAACCAUCUACACCAUCCAUACCAUCCACACUGUCCACAGCCUUCUAUGCCAUCAACACCAUCCAUACCAUCCACAUUGUCCAUAGCCUUCCACACCAUCCAUACCAUCCAUACCAUCCACACUGUCCACAGCCUUCCACGCCAUCCAUACCAUCCACACCAUCCAGAGCCUUCCAAACAAUCCAUACCAUCCAAACCAUCUACACCAUCCAUACCAUCCACACUGUCCACAGCCUGCCACACCAUCCAUACCAUCCACACUGUCCACAGCCUGCCACACCAUCCAUACCAUCCACACCAGUCAUAUCAUGUGCUGGACCAGAGCUGCUCCUAUAUUCUCCAGAUUAUUCUUCGGUUAUUACACCGAUACCAUCUACACCCUCCAUACCCUUCAACACCAUCCAUACCAUCCAUACCUUCCACACCAUCCAUACUAUCCACACCAUCUACAACAUCCAUACCUGGAAUUGUACUGAACACAACAAAAUCAACAGCAGCAACAUCAAUGACAACACCACCAUCAAUAACAUCACAGCCAACACCAUCGCCAAUAAAAUCACAGCCAACACCACCAUCAAUAACAUCACAGCCAACACCAUCGCCGAUAAAAUCACAGCCAACACCAUCGCCGAUAACAUCACAGCCAACACCAUCGCCGAUAACAUCACAGCCAACACCAUCGCCGAUAACAUCACAGCCAACACCAUCGCCGAUAAUAUCACAGCCAACACCAUCGCCGAUAACAUCACAGCCAACACCAUCGCCGAUAAUAGCACAGCCAACACCAUCGCCAAUAACAUCACAGCCAACACCAUCGCCGAUAACAUCACAGCCAACACCAUCGCCGAUAACAGCACAGCCAACACCAUCGCCAAUAACAUCACAGCCAACACCAUCGCCGAUAACAUCACAGCCAACGCCAUCGCCAAUAACAUCACAGCCAACACCAUCGGCAAUAACAUCACAGCCAACACCAUCGGCAAUAACAUCACAGCCAACACCAUCGGCAAUAACAUCACAGCCAACACCAUCGCCAAUAACAUCACAGCCAACACCAUCGCCGAUAACAUCACAGCCAAAACCAUCGCCGAUAACAUCACAGCCAACACCAUCGCCGAUAACAUCACAGCCAACACCAUCGGCAAUAACAUCACAGCCAACACCAUCGCCGAUAACAUCACAGCCAAAACCAUCGCCGAUAACAUCACAGCCAAAACCAUCGCCGAUAACAUCACAGCCAACACCAUCGCCGAUAAUAUCACAGCCAACACCAUCGGCAAUAACAUCACAGCCAACACCAUCGGCAAUAACAUCACAGCCAACACCAUCGCCAAUAACAUCACAGCCAACACCAUCGGCAAUAACAUCACAGCCAACGCCAUCGCCAAUAACAUCACAGCCAACACCAUCGGCAAUAACAUCACAGCCAACACCAUCGGCAAUAACAUCACAGCCAACACCAUCGCCAAUAACAUCACAGCCAACACCAUCGCCAAUAACAUCACAGCCAACACCAUCGCCAAUAACAUCACAGCCAACACCAUCGCCAAUAACAUCACAGCCAACACCAUCGCCAAUAACAUCACAGCCAAAACCAUCGCCAAGAACAUCACAGCCAAAACCAUCGCCAAUAACAUCACAGCCAACAAUAAUGACAACAACGCCAUCCAUAACAUCACAACCAAUGCUCCUUAG